CCAGGGGGAGGCACGGUGGGGCGGCCGCUCCCCUAAAUUUUCGCGUGCCCCACUCCUCCCUGCUUGCCCCACCGCAGGAACUCGCUUGCCGUGGGUGCCUCCCCAGUAAAGAAGCCCUGGCGCCGCUCCUGUUUCCAGGGGUGUUCUGGAUGUGCCGCGACUCUAGUCCAGAACACCUCUGGAAGCAGUUCUGGAUGUGCUACAACUCUAGUCGUGGCACAUCCUGAACACCAUUACUGAAGUGCAUAAUAUCAAAAUUAUUGCGAGCGCACGCUGUGCAAGAGCUUUGCAUUUCUGCGCUUCUCACAGUGCACUUGCACUGCGCUAUGAGGAGCGUAAUCAUAAAAUUGGUUUUGAUGGCACUUCUGUGAGUGACACCUAAACGAGCCUGGGAAGAAGGCCCCUACAAUAGUCGUGGCACAUCUUGAAUACCCCUGGGAACAUGACCCACUCGCUGGGAACGGUGGCCUCUGUACAUGUGCAUUGCCUGCGCGAGGCGAUGAAAUAGGGCAAGCCGAGGUGAGAUGAUAAGAAGCGAUGCUGCUUCCACAACCCAUAUACAAUCGUCCCCUGAGGAAGGUACCAAACAAGUCCCGAAACGAGUCCAUUUCAAAAACUGGGUGGAGCCAUUUCUGCUUCUAGAAUUAUUUAACCCAACCAGACAGAUCUCUGUCACAAUGUUUACGUUUUAACUUUGUACAUUGCAUGCUUCAUGAAGAUAAGUUCAUUAUGUCACCGUGUCACUUUUGCAGCUUUUUUUUUUCAUACAAACGAUGCUGCGUUAGAUUUUACGUACGUUUUACUCGGAGCUGUCAUAGCACACUGCCAUAGCAUGUGCGUGCAUUCUACCUCACUCAUUGUGAAGGUGUUCACAAACACGCAGCAGAUGCUAUGAUCAUCUGUGCAAAACAUUUGCAUGCUGUGGUAACAGUACUGUCAGCACUUGAUAAAUCAGUCACAGGGCAUUACAACUUGCUGUGCGUGCGUGAAUAUUCCCAUGUGCUUUAGUCCUCGGUGCAAAUUAUCGUCUUUAUUCCGAAUAUAUUUUCCUUUUGUGCAUGUGGUCUUCCAGUUCUGAAAUUAGAAUUUUGAACUUGUAAGCCAUUAAAGCAAAGGGCUGCGAAUGUGUUAUUGCUGUUCCUGCGAGCUCCAAAUCUGCAUGGACUGUAGCAGUGAUUGUGUGCCCGUGCUGUGCUCUUCUCUCCUUGUCUAGCCUCUCCCACCCCUCAAUCCUCUUAUGUAGGGCAGCAAACCAGAUAGUUGUUCUGUUUAACCUUCUUUCCUUGCCUUUCCUUCAUGUCUUGCUGUAUUCUGAAAUGCAGGAUAGUAUUGUAAGUGUUUAUUCGUAAAUAAAUAUUGCAUAAAGUUUCAUGGUCUUGUCUUGUGCAGAUUCUUGCUGGGAAGUGACAUUUCAACAUUGCCCGUCAACAUGGCUAAUCCAGGGAAAACAAUUCUUUCCUUUACUUGCUAUUGGUGCAAUGGACCUGGUGUUGAUUGCCAGCUGUACUUGCCAGCUCUCAGGAGCUUUUUCACGAAGUAUGUCGACUUGUCGUUAGCAUCGCUGCACAUGUCUCAGCUGCAGCAAAAAUCUGCCGCUGAGGGCAUCUAUGAGGAUGAAAUACAGUACGUAACAUGUCAACUUGAAUUUACUACACUGUCCAUGAAACAGCUCAAGACAGCGAGCGAAACUGUUGUCAGUCAGUGGUGCCUUCGGGGACUAACAGAUCGUACACUUACAAGCACUCUCCAGUGGCUGGUGCCUGAUUGCUCCGGGAGCCUCUGGAACGACUUCAUUCCACAAGAAGACGUAUCGGUCAAAUCUAUUGCAUUUGGAACAUAUAUUGGCUUUUGUACAUUUGCUGAAGCACAUAAUAUCACCAAAAUUAUGGGGAGCACGUACCUGAGGGUGGAUUGCUCAUUUAAGCACGACCAGAAACUUAUGCAGGUCUAUUUCACGCUUCAGCACAAAUGUGCAAAGCUUCGAACCAUAUACAGGCUUCUCAUAAAGUAUGAUGACAUCUACCGCGUGGUUGUCAAUGCGGCAGAAGAGGCCACAGAAGUUUACCUGCAUGUUAAGACCUUUCCCCUGAUUCAUAGGCAAGUACAGCUCACCCUUGAAGAUGUCUACCUCUCGCAGAGCGCUAAGCCGCACAAGAGCUGCGAUCGAAUGAGGUUUGAAAGGACACUGAACAUUGGAUGCUCCUGCAUUACUAACUUAAAUAGCGCCAACCUUGCUGGGUAUUCGACUGUGAAGCUGUGCGUGGCUGAUGGCAUCAAAGUUAGACGAGCGGUCACACGCCUCAGUGACCGUUGCGGGAGAAAAGUAAGGACAGUGUACGCCCCUGUCAAAACUAAAAGCGUUGGUCAUUGUGUGGAAAGCACCAAAUGCAAGGUCAUGACUGCAAUGGCACCCCUGUUGCAGUUUCCGUGUCAGUAUGCACUGAGUGUACUCCUGCAGAGGAGCAACGACGUCUUGGUGCAGAUGACACUGCAGCGAGAUGACGACCACAAAGCAUUGCUUACAUUCAUGCAGAAGUGCGCCAGGGCUAACGAGAGUGCGCUUGAGCAGGCUUUCAUCGCUCUUUAUCUCUCCAUCGAAAACGGCUGCAUCUUCACGCUCCGGACAGCACUUCCGGCCCUUUUCGUAAAGUUUCAUGCAAGCUAUGUGCCACUAGAGGUUCCCAACAACUGCUGUUGGGUGCGGCGCGCGAUUGCCACUCCAUCGAACUUCAUCCUCCUUCCUCCCGAAGUGCAUUGCCAGAACAGGGUGCUUCGUAGUUUCGAUCCGGAGCACGCCCUACGUGUGACGUUCCGCGACGACAAUCACGAUUACCUCUCACACACGCUCAUGUUCAGCCAAAACGUGGAUGAAAUCCUCGAAACCACUGUGGCAUCUCUCCUUCGAGCAGGAGUCUCUAUUGCAGGUCGCCACUACCGAUACCUCGGAAGCUCUGCGAGCCAGCUUCGCGACCAUGGCGUAUGGCUAUACACAAAGGAUGGAAGCGGCAAGUCGGCGCAAGACAUCAGGGCUUGGAUAGGUGAUGUGCACCAGAUUCCAAACGUGGGCUACAAGAUGGCUCGCAUGGGCCAAUGCUUCUCGUCCACAGAAGAGACUGUGCGCGUCCCUCUAGACAGUGGGGCAAAGCAGGACCUGCCGGAUAUUGUGGGUGGCAGGCAUCCGCAGUCGGGCAACCCUUACGUUUUCUCCGACGGCAUCGGCAUGAUCUCGAGGUCACUAAUGAGAAAGGCAUGCAAACAGCUGGGCCUGGCAGAACUACCAUCAGCCAUUCAGAUUCGCUAUGCUGGUUACAAAGGCGUGCUAUGCCUGAAUCCGAAAUUGCACGGUGAUCAACUCCUGCUGCGCGAAAGCAUGAAGAAGUUUCACUGCUCGACAUCGGACAGCCUCGAAAUUGUGCAGGUGUCUGCACCACGUCCAGUGUACCUCAACCGGCCCCUGAUCACCAUCUUGGAGCAGCUUGGAGUUCCGGGUCGCGUGUUCCUACACUUGCAGCAGAACAUGGUGCUUCGUCUGUGCGAUGCCUUUGUCAGCGACGAUGACGCCUUGCAGGUGCUCAGCGUUCGCAUCCGUACGGGCCAUCUGCCCCUCAUCAAGUUUCGCAGACAAGGCAUGGUCCUGACAAGGGAGCCCUUCAUUCGCUCAUUGUUGCUGGCUGUUUACAAUAGCAUGAUAGCUAAUCUCAAGAGCAAGAGCCACAUAGCAGUACCCGAGGACAGUGGACGCAACAUGCUGGGCGUUCUGGACGAAACGAGCACCCUAGAGUACGGCCAAGUGUUUGUCCAGUUCACAAGUUUAAGGAGUGGUGACAAAACCUCAAAGCCCACCACCAGGGUCAUUACAGGCACUGUGCUCGUGACCAAGUGCCCGUGCCUUCACCCCGGCGACGUGCGCAAGUUCAAGGCCGUGGACGUGCCCGCAUUGCGCCACAUCAGGGACUGCAUCGUAUUUCCGGCCAAGGGACACCGACCACACCCCAACGAAAUGGCUGGUUCAGACCUAGAUGGUGACGAGUAUGUGGUCAUAGCAGAAAAGGAUCUGCUCUUCCCAGGCGACAAUGCUGCACCCAUGGUUUUCAGUGACUAUGCAUUUAAAGCUGACACACUGCAGGACUUGGAUGAAGAGAUGAUAUCAUUCACAUGCAACUACAUCAAGAACGACAAUAUUGGCCUCAUGUCAAACGCCCACCUUGCCUGGGCAGACCAGCUGCCAGACGGAAUCUUCUCGAAACGGUGCCUGUCUCUGGCCAAGAAAAUCGCUACCAGCCUGGAUUUUGCCAAAACCGGCAUCCCAGCACGUAUGGAGAAAUCGGAGCGCGUGUACAGAUACCCCGAAUUCAUGGAGAAGACGGGCAGCAAGGACACUUACAGAUCGUCGAGGGUCCUUGGACAGCUUUACAGACUCAACCGGGGACUCAUCACCUCGGGUUUUUGCAGCUGCACUGAGCACAGAGCACGUAACAGCGCUUUUGAGUACCCAGACUGGCGGAAACACGAGCGUGCCGCCAGACUGGCGAAGGCUCUCUACACGGAGCUUAUGAAUCAAAUCCUUAACAGAUACGGCAUCGCUAGCGAAGCCGAAGUUGUCACGGGACUGCUGAGCAGUCUUUCUCCCUACCACAGGGGCAGGAACAACAAGUAUAACGUUGAAGCUCACGUGCAGAAGCAGUUUCAAACGCUGGUGGAGAAGAUGAGGCAGCGGUUCUUCCGCGAUGUCGAGUCUCUCUUCCCAGAUAGUGAUCUCUCCGGGACGGAAGUUAAGAUGGCCGUGCUGCAGAUGGCUUCCGCAUGGUACAUGGUAACCUUCAACGCAGAUGAUGCCUUGGAAGUCAACUGCCAGGGCUUCCCCUGGUGCAUGUCAGAUGUGUUGCUGACGCUCAUUAAGAACAGUGAUGCCAAGUGCUCGGAAGUGCAAGGCUAUCAGAUGGCCAGGGUACUGUUGCGAGGAAUGAAUGAAAUGAUGGCAAGGUCUGUGUCCAGUGCAAGUCCGGUCACCGCUGCACUCGACGUGGUGCUCAGAUGGGCUGCCAAAGAGAACCUGCUGAAAACAUCGGGGUCAAAUGGGCCCGGGAUCUGUCGCGCAUGCCUGUCUUCGCUGUUCAAGAGUUUUGCUUGUUCCUGCAAGGCAGUGCCUCUACUCUCAGCUGAGGACUGGCACAGGGAUCUGGAAAGGCAUGCACGUUUGUUUGGUUGGCCACCCAGAACUGCUGCUGCCUAUGUGUUGGCAUUCCUUAGAUACCUCGCAAAUGCACCAGCACUUGGCUCACUUUGCGAACAGUGUCAGCACCUAUGUUCGCAGGCACACUUGAUCACAGUAGCUGCGCUGCGACGCUACAGCCAGCUAUUGGUGUGUGGGUCUCCAUGUCACCUGAAUUUGACAUCGAGCCAUGACUGUCAUGAAUCUGUCGAUGUUCUGGAGGAGCAUGGGCCAAUCAGGGUGCUGGUGCAGAGUGCCGCUUUCCUGCGUCUACUGAAGGUGGGCAACGGCGCAGCCCGCUUGCAGGAGACGCUGCGCUGCUUGUCCGGUGCGCAUGCGGUGCGCAUCCGCUGCAACUCGAGCACGUCGGGCGGCCGCCAGUACGCGUUCGUGUCGGCCAGGGGCCGCCACUGGCAGCUGUGGUUCCUCGAGGAGCUCCUGCUCCAACCCGGGUUCGAAGACGCCGUCGUCAGUGGAGAGCUGGAGCGGUGGCGGCAGCGGCGCUGAUGCGACUCGCAUGUCACGUGGGCGAGGCGUAUGGCUUGCAUUGACGUAAAUGAAACGGCCGUGUUGGAGCACCAGCAUGGGGGCGGGGGGGGGGGGGGACGUUUGCAAUGUCGCAUUAAUACUGAAGAUAAACAGCGCAGAAUAGCACUAUUACGAAAAACAAACACACAAGACAGGCGCCGACUUCCAACUGAAUUUCAUUGACAUGAAUGCGUCAUGUAAGUAUCUGCGGGAGCAGAUACAAAAAGGAAGAACAGAGGGGGGGGGG